GGUAUUUUAGUAGAGAAUAAUGUAACUGGUCGACUGGAACCAAGAGAAGCACCAGCGUGGAAACGUCGCGUUUUUCGAUAUCUAGUUAGUUUUCCUGUGAUCGGAAUGUGCCUCGCGCUUGUUUUUGUUGUGAUGUUUCUAAUGCUACGAUUCCAGGAUUGGCUGGAUCAUAAUAACAUACCUGAUAGUGGAAUUGCUCAAUGCAUGUAUAAUUUGCACAAGGAUUGGUGGGACUCUAAAUUGCCGGAAGAAAGCAUUCUAUGCUGUUUCAGUGUAAUACCAAAGGUCUUAUUAGCUGGGGCAAUCACAUUAAUGGAUGAGGCUUAUUAUAAAUUAGCUGUCUGGCUUAAUGAUCACGAAAACUAUCGUCUUCAAUCGAAAUACGAAAACCAUCUUAUUGCAAAAGUGGCUCUUUUUCAGUUCGUCAACUCAUUUUUGUCCUUAUUCUACAUUGCUUUCUAUCUUCAAGAUGAGGAUAAGCUGAAAGAGCAAUUGGCCGGAUUGUUAAUUUCACGACAAAUAAUUGGCAACCUUCGAGAGUCAGCAAUACCUUACUUCAUUGAACAAUGGAAACUAGCUAAAUUGAGCUUUAAUAUGUGGGGUGCGCUUAGCCCAACACAGGAUAUCAACCGAACCAUAAUGGAUUCAAGUAUUUCAACGACCACAUCGACAGCAUCCACUACCACUGGAAAAAUAAAAGUGGAAACACCGCAACAAACACCUACGAAACACGAAUCCAGUAACCCAUUGRUAAGAACUACAGCUUCAGCAUGUAAACGGAAUAUCGGGCAAGCAGAGAUCGAAAGUACCCUUUACAAGUACGAUGGGACAUUUUCCGAUCAUUUAGAGAUGCUGGUGCAGAUGGGUUAUGUAGUACUUUUCUCUGCUGCUUUUCCAUUGGCCGGUAUAUGUGCGCUCGUCAACAACUUGAUGGAGAUACGUUCGGAUGCCUUCAAAUUGGCCCACGUUCACCAAAGGCCAUUCGGUCAGCGUGUGGCUAAUAUUGGUACCUGGCAAAAUGCGUUUAGUAUUUUGUCGUUGGCUGCAGUCAUUGUCAACUGUGCGUUGAUUGGCUUAUCCGGGCAAGUUUCACGUUUAUGGCCUGGACUAACAACUGCUCAAACAAUAAUUUUGAUUGUUACCUUGGAGCACAUUAUGUUAGGAUUGCGUUCAGCGCUUACAUGGUUGCUACCUGAAUUGCCGUCGUGGUUGGCAGCKGAAAUCGCACGUGCCGAACAUUGUCGCAGAGAGAUGCAAUGUAAGGGAACUUCACCGCGACCCACACCACCGACACCUCCAUCUACUACUUCCACACAGCCAGACCAGGAUGYCUUAAUUUUAGAAGGCACAACCACUAAUGAUCAAUCAAUGGAGAGUCAAGUCGCUGAGGAUAUUUUAUACCAAGAGCAAUUGCGGCAAAGCUCAAACUAUCCGCAAAUGGAUGAAAUAGUCAAUUUCGGCCUACAACGCASUAUUGAAGCAGAUGUGAAUAUAUUUGAGAAUCGUGAUUCUUCGCCAGACUCACCCCCUUCACAAACCAGUACUAUAUUGAUAAGACCUUUACAUGAAUCAACACCGCCAAACAGUGGUUCAUCAAUGGCGAGCUUAAUUCAGGAGACUGGCCACGGACACGGCAGCGCAUGUAAAAGUUGUAAGCUGAAAAUGAAAAAUAUGGAAAUACCCCCAUUUCAUGGAUAUUCAAUUCGUAAUUUAAGCUCAAUUCAAUCGAAUCAAAGAUUGCACGCUUUUUCAGGAGUUUCUUUAAGCAGUGCAAGCACUCUGGCAUUAAAUACUAUCCGUCAGCCUAUWCAUAUACCAGAGAUACCGCCUUUCCGGAAAAAAUCAAAUGACUCAACUGAUCAAACUGGUAGCAGUGCGAGCAGUAGUCCGCUGCGCUCCAGACAUCCGCUUAUUUCGACACCUCCACCCAUGUUACAGCAUCAACCCACAAAAAUACCGGAGAUACCACCUUAUAAACAGCGCAAAAUCUCGGCAGAAAGUGCCACACAUAUAAAUAUGAGUGAUAAGCUUAUGCUUAAGGCACACGCACCCGAGUGGAUGUCCCGCUUGAAAGUCAGCGAUAAUAUAAACUUGCAUAGGAGUAUUGAUUGUAUUGCCAAGGAGUUAAAAAGUAAUACAGACACAACGGAUAUYUUAAAGCCAGCACCAUCCUGGAGUAACGUUGCCAUAAAAUCGCCAAACCAACAACAAGUAGCUGCCUCCUCAUCAUCUUCAUCGGCUGGUGGUGGCAGUUCUGGCAGUGCUGGCGGCAUCGGGACAGCCGCUAACAUUUUCGGGCGAACAGUAGAUGGUGGCCGCCCUAGUGUUGGUGGCAUCUCUACUACGUCGACGUCAUCGAUGCAACUUAAAAAACUUACUGACAAUGUCAAAAAUCCAACAACAGCGGAGAUAGUCGCAGGGAAAGGAAGCACAGGCAGCACAACACAAAGCGGCRGCACAGACGAGGAAGCUAAAGCAGCGGAGAUUGCAGCAAAAAAAUCACGCUUAAAGCAAAAGCUUGUAAAAAGCGCGCGAUCUGUUGGCAUAUUUUCGCUGAAAUUGAAAGAGCGGCGACAACGUGAAGCAGAGAAGGCGGCAACUAUAGCCAUUGAACAUGCCAAGGCUCUGGCUAAAUUGCCUCCCAUACCGCAACCAGGSGGCGAACUAUCUCUCAUACCUAUUGAACAGCUAAUACAAAUCGAAGAUAUAAAACCAACACCAAAAGCGCAAUCCACCACAACAACACUAACAGCAGCGACAAGUUUGUCCACUGCUGUGACUUCACCACAAGUAAUGACACCCUCAUCGAGCGCACUGGCGGCGGCGAUGCAGCAAUUUCAAAGUUCCGGAAAUUACUGAAUAAGAACACAGGGUAACGAUCUCAAUYCUACAUACAUACAUACACACAUAUUACAUAAAACAACAAUACUCAAAUAAAUAUAAGAUGCACACGGAACAUUUUGUCAUGUACUUACAUACAACUGUAAAUAUCUAAGAAUACGAAUACAAACAAAUUCAUAAAAAUACAUACAUAUUACAUUUAUAYAAAAGUACAUUAAAAUCUGCAAAAAUGUCAAAUCACUAUACACACCCUAUACAAUACCCAGACGUUGCACUAUAUAAUUUUUUAAAAUAAACAUGUAACUAUCAUUUAUGCAUAUGGGUACAUAGGUAGUUGGUAUCGAAAAAAGUAAAAUUAGUUUAAAUGCAAUAACUAAAAACCUCAUUCUCGUACAUAUUAUAUAUAAACUUGAAAUUCAUAGGAUACCUUAGCGAUUUUAAAGAAUUUGUUUUAUUAAAUUUAUGAUGUUAAAAAAAUGGUAUUUUCAUAAUUCACGCAUCCUCUUCUUAGUCAAUCAAAUUAGUUCAAUGACACUUCACAGCGAUAUCUCUGUAUCCAUACCUAUGCAAGUAUUCUAAACUUUUCACAUUGUAUAUGGAUAAAUUUCGUCUAGAAAUUUAAGAGGUGGUGUUAUAAGAGCAAUAUUUUAUAUGGAAACUUUAUGAGAGAGCUAAAUAUUUUUUCCAAGUUUUUUUUGCUUAAAAAAUAACAUUACGGUUUAAUAUUUUACUUAAUAUACCCUAAAAGAACUAGUUUUACAGCAUAUAUCACGCACCCACUUCAGAUAUUUCAGCUACCUAUGUAUACGAUGCCUAUGAAGAUACACAUCUACAAUAUGCAUUUGCACACAUGCAUACAUACAUUGUAGUGGUAGUGAGUAUGGCAUUUAUUAAAUCAAAUUUAGGCAAAAACUGAUAUUGACAUUUUUGUCACAGUGAUUGUAUUUUACAUAUGGGUAUAUCCAUACAUGUUAAUAACAUUUACUAUAAUUAUAAUUUAGGCAGAAGUACUAUAUGGGUCAUUCCAUCACAAAUUAAGAUUACAAUUUCUUUUUGUAUUCUUAAUAACAUUUACUAUAAUUAUAAUUUAGGCAGAAGUACUAUAUGGGUCAUUCCAUCACAAAUUAAGAUUACAAUUUCUUUUUUCAUGUAAAACAUUGUUUUACGUGU